AUGAAGGUCUCAGUUGCAUUAUUGGGAUUCGCCGUUGCGGCGACGGCACUGAGUACUCCCAGAAACCCGAGCAAGAAGAAGCCGAAUGCUGUUAAUCCCAAGGACUUUGUUUAUGUCGAUGGAUUGAGGCUAAAAGAUGCAAAGGGUCUUCAUUACAUCACUGGACUCAAUUACUGGGCAUGUCUGAACCUCGCAGCCGACGCCUCCCAGGGCGGAAACUACUCGCGCCUCGUCACAGAGCUUGAUCAAAUGGCUGCCCACGGAGUGAAUCAUCUCCGAAUAAUGGCCUCUUCCGAAGGCGCACCAACACCCCAGCCCUUCCGAAUGAGCCCAGCCCUUAUGGACGCCCCAGGAAAAUACAACGAAAAAGUCUUCCGCGGCCUUGACAUCUGCCUAGAUGAGCUGUCCAAGCGCGGCAUUCGCGCCACCAUGACGCUGAACGAUGAAUGGCAAUGGUCCGGCGGCUUCGCGCAGUACGUCUCCUGGGCCACUGAGAACACCGAGAUCCCCUAUCCGCCUUCCUGGAACAUGACGAAAGCCCCACAGCGUUCGAAUCCACGCACGGGCUGGGGCGACUACUCCGCCACCGCGGAUGGCGCGCACAGCUACAACGAAUUCAUCACGUUCGCGAACCAGAUCUACACCAACGCGCAAGCGGAGCAGUGGUACAAGGAUCACAUCAAGACGGUGAUCACGCGGCGGAAUACCGUCAACGGGCGCAAGUACAACGAAGACGCGACAAUCAUGACAUGGCAGCUCGCCAAUGAGCCGCAGUCCCUAUCGUCCUACUCCCCCUCCGACCCGCUCUUCCCCUGGGUCAACCGCAUCUCGGGCUACAUUCGGCAUCUCGCGCCCAAGCAACUCAUCAGCGUCGGCCUGGAGAGCAAGCAGGGCGAGCAGAUCUUCAAAGCUGUGCACCAGGCGCCCGACGUCGACUACGCGACAACGCACUGCUGGGUGCAAAACUGGGGCGUCUAUGACAUGUACAACUCUAGCGAGGCGAAUUUGAAGGCUGCACAGGACUUUGCGACGGCGUUUGUGGCGAACACGAGUCGGUGGGCGAGGGAGGUCGGGAAACCCGUUUUCCUGGAGGAGUUUGGCAUGGUGCGGGAUAACUGGGAGAAUGCGGACAAGGAGUACCCGUAUUUGAGUAGUGCCAGUACGACGCAUAAGGAUGCGUAUUUUAACACGAUCAUCGGUGCCGUGGUGGCCGACUUCAAGAAGGGAGGUGCGUAUGUCGGGACUUGCCCGUGGGCUUACGGUGGAAUAUGGCGGCCUGAAACGCAGGUCAUGAACGAGUUUGGGAUGGUUUGGGCUGGAGAUCCACCCCAUGAGAGCCCAGGUUGGUACGAUUUGUAUGAUACGGACGAGGCGAUGAACAUUGUAGCGAGUCAGCAGCAGAACGUCGCUGCGUGGAUCAAGAAGAACCAAACAAACGGGUACUAG